AGCCUAAGGUUGCAGAGACUGACCCCCGUCCCCUCCCCCACAGUGUUGGCUCCUCCCACAGCGACAAACCUUCCGUUGUGCCGUCUGUGGAGAGGCUUCUACUGUGCAGCUCGGAGGCUUCAGGACGAGUCCAAGUCUGACAGAGCCUCCUCCUCCUCGUCUUCACCGUCGUCCUCGAGCUUCCACCAGCACUACCAGGCACACUCGGCCGAGCAGGACUCCGCCUCCCAGCAUCCGUCUGACGCUGGAGCGGAGGGGUCCAGCUCCAGUGCUGACGACCAGAGCGAAGACCAGGAUGAAGAGUAUGAGUCCGAGGAGCAGCUGCAGGCUCGGAUCCUGACCGCCGCUCUGGAGUUUGUCCCGCUGCACGGCUGGUCCAUGGAAGCCAUUGCAGCCGGCGCCGAGUCUCUGGGUCUGUCCUCCGCCUCCACCGGCAUGUUCACCAACGGAUCAGGAGACCUGGUUCUGCAUUUCAUUGCUGACUGCAACGCCAAGCUGACUGAGAUCCUGGCGGAGCAGCACAACCGGGUCCAGCUGGGCCAGGCUGAGUACGUCCUGCAGGCCCGUCCACUCCUGACUGACCUGAGUUCAUGCUUACGUCAGGGUACCACAGCUCUUACGUUAAGAAGAGAGAUUGAAAGAGAAUUAUGAAGAGCAAGAAUGAACAACAACAGCAUAACAUUAAAUAAAUACAUUUAAAGUUUA